AUGACCUCGCCUGCAGAAGUGGGAAGAUGCCCGCCGCUUCCGCAGGACCAGAACAAGCCCGUCUUCAAUUUCAUCUUCUGCCUCGUUGCUUUGCUCCCACAGGCACUUUCGACUGUCUUCAAGGAGAUCGCCUUCCGGGGCUUCGACGGCGACUUGGAUGUGAAUGUGCUCCAGUUCUGGGUGGCAGUGUUCCAGGUGGUGGUGAAUUUCUGCGGCAUGCCUAUCUACACCCUGAAGGUCCUCGGCCCUCAGCAAGUCCCCCUGGAGGAAAUGAGCAGCAUUGCUGUUGGUGGCUCGCGCUGCCUCUUCUUUGCAGAGGACCAAGUGAUCACCAACUGCGGCUUGCCAGAUGAGAAACCGUGCGACAACUGCAGCGCUGCUUUCGCACCGGUGUUCUUGUACCUCGCUUUCAACCUGACAAUGAACAUCUUCGCUGUGCUGGUAAUCAAGCAUGGCUCAGCCGCCCUGUCUUUCCUUGUCUCCACGCUGCGGAUGCCGCUUUCAGCACUGGCUUUUGGAUCUACUUUGAUCAUGGGCAGUGAGGCCGUGACGCCGCAAUUGCACGACCUUCUGAGCCUGGUGGUGAUCUUGCUAGGCCUUUGUUCCUACCGCAUGGGAGCUCGUCAGCUCAAGAGACAGCAGAAGGAAGAAUCGGCCAUGAGCCAGGAGCCGAUCCCGAGCCCAACCUGUGCCAGCCCCUCGUCGCCAGGCAGCACGCCGGGCUUCCCCGGCACUCGUCCCAGAGGCAGCGAAUGGAGGUUCAUGCCUGUCUUUGCCACGGGCAGUAUCAACAGUGGUCAACCACAGUUCGUGCUCGUCCAUGCCCCGAAGCCGCAGGCGCGGUCGGCAGAUGCGGUGCGGCGGACGCUGAUCGGGCGCCUUGGUGUUGGAUCACCACUCCACUCGCCCCAGUUCAGGGACCGUUUCUCACCUGGAUCCUCGCCGGAGCAUGCCGCAGUGCCGGAGUGCCACGACAUGCACAUGACGGGCCUGGAGCAAUGA